UUUCGAUGCUUACCAGAAAUCACUGAGGACUUGGCUUGUCCUGAAAAUGACAAGGAAAAACUCUUCUAUGAGUGUGAGAGUAUUUGGAAGCAGAUGGAAGAGUGUCAGAGCAAGCUAAUGCUUCUAAGAAUGGAAACACCGCCAAAAUCAGAUGCCAAGCUUCACUUCUUAGUGACACGAAUGAAAGCUUUAGCAGUGGAAUGUAAACAAUGGCAAAAAAGUCCUGAAGUGAUUUCUACGGAUCCAGAUGUACUGUUAGAAUUAGGAAAAGAAGAGUUGCAGAAAGUACACAAUUACCUUCAAAUGGUGCUGUCAGCAGUUCAGGCAAAGAAUAAAAAACUGGAAGAAGAUCUGAAAAGAGAAAAGCAGUGGCAUGAUGAACAGGAGCAAAUACUAGAUGUUCUUUCUAGAAUUGAAGAAGAGACAAAAACCCAAGCUGAACAACUUUACAAACAAAGAGAAUUUCUUUACCUGAACAAUGAAUUGUCGAAACUAAAGGAAUAUAAGGAAGACCUCCUGGAUGCUCUGUGUAAAUUCCUAGAAGAACAUUAUCCCCUUCCAGAGAGAAGUGGGAGUGAUAGAAAGAUGGAG